AUGGCCAAGAAGGCCAAUGGCAUCUUGGCCUGCAGCAAGAAUGGGGAUGUCACCCUGGAUGCUGACACAGCUCAUCCCAGGCUGGAAAUCUCUGUGGAUGGGAAGAGAGUGAAAGAUACUGGUGUCAUCGGAGACUUGCCCAGCAAUGAGAAGAGAUUUGAUUCCCAUAUGUUUGUGUUGGCAAAGGAAGGAUACACAUCUGGGAAAUGCUACUGGGAAGUAUGUGUUGGGAGAAGAAGAAACUGGGCCUUGGGUAUUGCCCUGGAAUCUGUGACUCGCAAGGGGCCGUUGACUCUGUCCCCUCAGAAUGGCUUCUGGGUCAUUGGGAGUGCAGAUGGGAGAGACUAUUGGGCCUACACAGAUCGUUGGACCCAUCUGAGUGUGAGUGGGAAGUUGAAAUUCGUUGGGAUCUUCCUGGACAUCCCAGCCAAGCAGGUGUCUUUUUACCAUGUCCAUAAGGGAGAACCCCUGUACACUUUUAACAUUGCUGAUGGCAGCAACCAGGAAGGGAAAUUCAUUCCCUUCUUCUCUACAGGUCCUGCUGCUGUAGAGCUUGACCCUGAGCCUCUG